UUGAAAGGCCCUUAGGAAAUCAUUUUCACGUAUUCAUACCUCCUCUUAUGAGCAGAUCAUAAGCAGGACAAAGACCCGCCAGCCCUGGAGGAAGUGAGGAGUGAGGAGUAUCUGAGGACAAAGAUGUGCCUGCCUGAGAGACUGAAUUCAGGGCAGACAUAUUUUCCCUCCCAUGAUUCAUUUCGAAAAGAAGAGGUCCCAGAUAUUUGUAUCCAUAAGGCUCCUUUUAACGCACCGGCGAAAAUUUUACCGCAAAUCUCUGGCGUUACGCUUUUUUGUUUACCGUACUUAAUGGGCUUUUACUUGGGCAAACCGCCAUAUUGCUAACUGUAAACAUUGUUCUUUAUUUUACACUUGCCCGCAGGUUCCUGCAUAUUUCAGGAUGUCUUACCCUCCUCCGCUCAACCGCCAGCAGAUUGGCAUCCCGCAGUUGCCUCCCAGGAUCCCACCUCCUCAGUAUGGGGGAUUUACCCCGACUGUCCCACCAGGUACUCCCAUGAUCCCGGUUCAUAUGGGCGUAGUGACCCCCACACCCACAGUUCUUGUCCCGACCACGAUUGCUGUACCGCAGAAGCCGAUGACUCCAAAGAAGGACCCUUUGUCCAUCAGAGGCAAGGACACAGAGGACAGCACUGGCCCCACCACCACCGUAUUCGUAGGCAACAUCUCUGAAAAGGCGUCUGACAUGUUGGUCAGACAGCUUUUAGCGAAAUGUGGUAUUGUUCUAAGCUGGAAACGGGUCCAAGGUGCCUCUGGGAAACUGCAAGCUUUUGGGUUCUGUGAGUAUAAGGAGCCUGAAUCCACACUGCGAGCCCUCAGACUGCUGCACGAGUUGCUCUUAGGGGAUAAGAAGCUGCUGGUUAAGGUAGAUGCCAAGACCAAGGCCCAGCUAGAUGAGUGGAAGGCCAAGAAGAGAAGUGCCAACGGGGGAGCCAGUGGUGGGUCAAAGAGCGGGGAAGAAGAUGAGGAGGAGGUUCUUGAUGAAGAAACCCUGCAGCGGGACCAGGUUGUAAAGGGGGCAAUUGACGUCCUGAUCCGAGAGUAUUCAAGUGAGCUCAAUGCUCCUUCGCAGGACCCUGACAGUCAGCCUCGCAACAAGAAGAGGAAAGAGAAGAAAGAGGAGGAGGAUAUCAAUGCCAUGGAGAUGGAGGAUGACAAGAGAGACUUGAUUUCCAGAGAGAUCAGUAAAUUCCGCGACACACACAAGAAACUGGAGGAGGAAAAAGGAAAGAAGGAAAAGGAGCGACUGGAGAUCGAGAGGGAAAGGAGAGAGAGGGACAAAGAACGAGAGCGCGAGAGGGAGCGACGCGACCGUGAGAAAGAGAAGGAAAGGGAGAGAGAGAGGGACAAGGAGCGGGAAAGAGACCGGGAUCGGGAAAGGGAGAGAGAUCACGAACGGGAGAGGACGAAGGAGCGCGAGAGGGAGCGCGAGAGGGAGCGUGAAAGGGAGCGUGAAAGAGAGCGCGAGAGGGAGAAGAGUCGGGACGUCAGUGAAGGUCGCAGCAGAUCGAGGGAGAGGACCAGAGAAGAUAAAAAACGAGACCGCGAGGAAGAUGAGGAGGACGUGUACGAACGGAGGAGACUCGAGAGGAGACUCAGAGACAAGGAGGCCGCUUACCAGGAACGGCUGAAAAACUGGGAGAUCCGGGAGAGGAAGAAGGCUCGUGACUACGGCAAAGAAACGGAGAGGGAGGAUGAGCGGCGUCGUGAAAUGAUGAAAGAAGCCAAAAGACUGAAAGAAUUCCUUGAAGAUUACGAUGACGACAGAGACGACCCAAAAUACUACAGGGGAAGCGCGUUGCAGAAGCGUCUUCGUGACCGGGAAAAGGAGACAGAACUGGACGAGCGAGACCGGAAGAGGGAGAAGGAGGAGCUGGAGGAGAUCAGGCAGCGGCUUCUGGCUGAAGGGCAUCCUGACCCUGAUGCUGAGCUGCAGAGGAUGGAGGAGGAAGCAGAGCGCAGACGACAACCUCCUCUGAAACUCGAACCUGAGGAAGACGUGAACCAGGAAAAGCCCCACAAGGAUCGGGAUCGGGAGAAAAGAGGGUCAGGAAGGCCCGUGGAGCCGAUGCCUCGAGGCCCCCAGCAGCAUUCGGACGAUGACGGCGUGGGUGGGGAGGAGGAUGACUACCGCGAAGAUGAAGAUUCACAAGAAGUCAAGCCGCAGCUCAAACCCAUUAUGCGUCCAAUCACUACAGCCCCCUCGGUGUCCUCUGCCAGUGGGAAUGCAACUCCAAACACACCCGGCAACGAGUCUCCCUGCGGGAUCAUCAUUCCAGGCGAGAACACUCCUGAGGUCCAACCUCCGGAGGAACAGCGGCCCAAGAUUGGUCUGAGUCUCAAACUGGGAGCCACCAACAGUCCCAGCCAGCUCAGCGCUGGUAAGCGGAAGAAACUGGCGACUGUGGAAAGUGUUUUCAACAAGUUUGACGAUGAAGAGGCCGAUGAGCAGCCACGCAAACGCAAACUGGUUCCGCUGGACUACGGCGAUGACGACAAGAGUCUGGGGCUGGACGGGGCCGAAAUUCCAGGGACCAAAGGCAACAUCAACACAGAGGAGAAACGCAAGCACAUCAAGAGCCUCAUUGAGAAGAUCCCCACAGCCAGACCCGAGCUCUUCUCCUACCCUCUGGACUGGACUAUGGUUGACUCGACUCUGAUGGAUCGCCGCAUUAGACCUUGGAUCAAUAAGAAGAUUAUUGAGUACAUCGGCGAGGAGGAGCCCACGCUGGUAGAUUUUGUCUGUUCAAAGGUGAUGGCACACAGCACCCCUCAGGGUAUUCUUGAUGAUGUUGCUAUGGUUCUCGACGAAGAAGCAGAAGUCUUCAUCGUAAAAAUGUGGAGACUGUUGAUAUACGAAACAGAAGCAAAGAAGAUCGGACUUGUGAAAUAAAGACCUCACGUCUCUCUCUCACUCUCUCUCUCACUCUCACUGUCUGACUUCCUUAGCUCACAGUUCUGCUCGCUACAGCCUUCUGAUCCGGCAGACUGUAAACUUGUGUCUAUACACCCCUCCAUUCCAACAGCAAGGAGCUACAGCCUUGUUUGUGUGUGUGCUUGGAAGGGAAAGUCUGAGCUGUGAACACAAAGGGUUUGCAGGAAAAAAACUGCAUGAUAAAACUUUGGUUGUAUUUUAUUUUUUCUUUGUUGAGGCAAAAGACAGUCGCAUUUCUCCCAUCUGUUCUCCCAUAUGUUGGACACAUUCUGCUUUAAUUUACUGUUGUCAUGUCAAGGCACUGCUCCAUUGUGUGAAGUAAUAAAUAUGCUUUUUUUUUUUUUUUUUUUUUAAAUAGAAAA